GAACAAAGUCCUGAGAUAAAACCAUGGCGCUGACUCAUAGCCAACAACACACACUCACACAAGAACAAGGAGAACUAAGAUCCAUAGAAGAAACACGAAAAUGGGAGGAUUUUCGACGCUUUCAGCUCCAAAACCAUGGCGCCACCAUCACAAGCUCUCGACCAUCUCGAAUCAACCGGCCACCAAGAACGUCCCGUCUCUCCUUUUCAAUCCCCCACCGUCAAGGAAACCAAAGCCCUUUUAUUGUUUUGCCUUGGACUCCUCUAAAACCGAGGCGCCGCCGCUAGUGGUGGUGGGAUCAGCCAAUGCAGAUAUCUACGUGGAGAUUGAGAGGUUGCCGAAAGAGGGCGAGACUGUUUCUGCUAAAACUGGGCAGACGCUGGCGGGGGGAAAGGGGGCUAAUCAAGCAGUCUGUGGGGGGAAGUUGGAUUACCCCACUUACUUUGUGGGUCAGGUGGGAGGGGAUGCUCAUGGGAAGUUGAUCGCUGAGGCGUUGGAGGGUGGUGGGGUUUUGCUUGAUCACUUGAGUAUUGUGGGUGAUGCUCCCACUGGCCACGCCGUGGUGAUGUUGCAGACUGAUGGGCAGAACUCUAUUAUCAUUGUGGGGGGUGCUAAUAUGGCUUCUUGGCCUGAGACUUUGCCGCCGGAGGAUUUGGAGGUUGUGAAGAAUGCUGGGAUUGUUUUGCUUCAGAGGGAGAUUCCUGAUUCUGUUAACAUUCAGGUUGCCAAGACUGCCAGGAGUGCCGGUGUUCCUGUCAUCUUGGAUGCUGGCGGAGUUGAUGCCCCAAUCCCUCCAGAACUACUCAAGUUUAUUGAUAUUUUGAGCCCAAAUGAAACUGAGCUUGGUCGUCUGACAAAUAUGCCUACAGAAAGUUUUGAACAGAUUAGUGAAGCUGUGGGGAAAUGCCAUAAAAUGGGUGUUAAGCAAGUGCUUGUGAAACUCGGAGCCAAAGGGUCCGUUCUUUUCGUAGAAGGAGAGGAACCGAUCAGACAAGCUAUCAUAUCAGCUCCCAAAGUAAUUGAUACCACUGGUGCCGGUGAUACUUUUACUGCUGCUUUUGCUGUGGCUCUCGUGGAGGGAAAGUCCAAAAAAGAAUGCCUGAAAUUUGCUGCUGCAGCAGCUUCACUCUGUGUUCAAGUAAAGGGUGCCAUACCAAGCAUGCCUGACAGGAAAGCUGUUUUGAAUCUUCUUCAGACGCAUUAAGUAUGCUUGUUAGCACAUCUGAUGUUUAUAAGAGAGUUGGACAACGAACGCCAGGUCCACGGACGAAGUUGCUCCCAAUGGACGCAUCCGCAGAGAAAAUUCUUGACCAUUUACGUUGUCUACCUUCAGACAAAUAUCCUUCCAGGAAAAGGACCUCUCGCCGACUCUUCGCAGCUGGUCCAAAGUUCCCAACUUCUCACACAUCAUCAAAAUGUAAGAAUAAACAUAAAUUUCUGUCUCAAUCUUGGCUGGCGCAUCGUGGCUGUUUGUUUACUUGUUUUUUUAGCAAGUAAAUAGUUGAUCAACUAUAUUUUUCAUCCAACCACUUCAUUUUUA